UCGACGGGGUGGAAGUCAGAGUAUUUGAACCUCCUGCGAAACGAGAUGAAAGGCUCAAGCGCAGCGUUGUUUACAUCCACGGAGGGGGCUGGGCCUUGGCAAGUGCAAGAACAAGCCUUUAUAACAAUCUCUGCAGAAUCAUGGCCGAAUCUCUCAAUGCUGUAGUUGUCUCAGUUGAAUACAGGCUGGUACCAGAGGUGUGCUUCCCUGAGCAAUUCCAUGAUGCUCUUCGUGCUACUAAGCAUUUUUUGCAGCCUGAUGUCUUAGCUGAGUAUUCAGUUGACCCAAGUCGAAUUGCAAUUUCUGGCGAUAGUGCAGGAGGAAAUUUGGCAGCUGCUGUGUGUCAGCAGCUUAGCAAAGAUGAGCAUUUGACCAUCAGACCGAAACUGCAGGCCUUAAUUUAUCCAGUCCUUCAGGCAUUUGACUUCAAUACACCUUCUUAUCAGCAGAACAUGAAUAUGCCCGUCCUUCCUCGUUAUGUCAUGAUCAACUAUUGGAUAGAUUAUUUCAACGGUAAUUAUGACUUGGCUCACUCACUGGUGAUCAACAACCACACUGCUCUUGACGUUGGCCAAGCUCUCUCUUUCAGAGGACGUCUGAACUGGACAUCUCUAUUGCCUUCAUCCUUCAAAAAGAACUACAAGCCUGUAAUACAAACCACGGGCAAGGCUGAAAUCAUCCGGGAGAUACCAGCGCUGCUUGAUGUACGCGCAGUCCCACUCCUUGCAGAAAAUGAAACUCUGCAGUUGCAGCCAAAGACUUACAUCCUGACCUGUGAGAACGACGUCCUGCGAGAUGACGGGGCGAUGUACGCCAAGCGCUUGGAGCACGCCGGCGUGGAAGUCACGCUCGAUCACUUUGAUGACUGCUUUCAUGGCUGCAUGAUAUUCACCAUUUGGCCUACUGAUUUCUCUGCGGGCGUUCAGACCAGGAACAGCUAUAUAAAAUGGCUGGAUGAAAACCUCUGAAGAGACAGUCUCUCUAGAAGUCACAGGGUGUGCAACUCUGGCUUCUGUUCUUGUUAAAGAGCAAACAAUGAAAAAGUGCACUUUUCCAAAUUCUGACUGCAUCCCUUCAGCUGCAGCUGCUGGGAUUUACACACCACUGACUACAGCAUUCACUAGCUCGAUUGGCCUUGCCCAGCAAAGCAUUUUGAGAAAUACUUUUUCAAACUUUGAUUCUUUUUUUUUUUUUUUCUUCCCACCUUCUUUCAGAUGACUACUGCCAAGCAUAAACAAUGUUGAGCAGGGAGAUCAGCAUUCCUGUAGCAUUCUUAACUUCUGCAGCUUUCAAGCUUUGACUCUUAAUUAGGCACAAAGGCCUCAGUUUUCAAAUGAUGUGAGGUAAAGCCAACCACCUACAUCUACAUCUGAAUAUGUAAAAAUGAGAGCCAGGUUUCAACAGUGGUGAGCACUUGAUGUCAAAGAAAGUGUGAGCACUCUUAUCUUUGACAGCAGAGCCAUGCAUUUGAAUGUCAAGCAUUGAUUUAGGUGUUGGCUUUUAGACACGCAGACAAAUGGUUCGUUUACAUUUAAAAAAAAAUAAAAGCAAAAAAAAAUAAAAGCAAGCUCUUCUGGGCAGUUAAGAUGAUGCCAGGCAAGUCUUAGCCAAACAUGUAAUUCAGCUUUGGAAUUUGGCCUUUAUUGCCUUUUAGUUAUUUAUAUUUUAUAAAAUCACAGGACUAAAUAUAUUUUCAAUAACAAGUAUUAUAGCAUACAUACAAAUAUGUGGGAUAAAAUAUGUGUAGCAGCAGAAUCCAGGUUGCUUAUGUGAGCGAACUUCAAAGCUGACUACUUAUUUGGCUAAAGCCUCAGUUGUAUGACCCCCUUACAGAAAAUGCUGAGCUUACUAAAAAUAAUCUGCUGUGUGGUUUGCACUAAUGUUUGUAAUUAAUAGUAGAAGGUUUUGUUCAUUGGCUUUUAUUUUGUGCUUGUAGUGUUUAUUAUAUUUCAUGUUUCCUGGAAGGAGGGAAGCAAGCAAACAGAAGUGGGCUCUCAUCUAUACACAAGAUUUAAAUCUGAAGUUUGCAGCUAAACUUUGUCUGUCUUGGAGACUAAUGCAAAACACUAGGCAAGAUGAUCUCACUGGUGUGCUACAACAACAACAAAAAAAGUUUUAGCCAGUCUGUAAAAUUCAGACAAGCAGGACAAGGAAGCAAAUCCACUUGUGACAGUGUAUAUUGCCCAGGAUGCUUAUGGCUUGCAGAAAUAAAGGUUUUGUCAAAAGCCCAGUGCCUCUAGGCACAGAGGAGAGAAUGGUUGACCCAUGACUAAACUAAUGGAUUAAAUUCAUCCUCAGCUUUACCACAGACUUUCUGUGGGAGAACAACUUAAUCUCCUUAUGCCUCACUUUCUUCUUCUGCAAGAGACGGAGGGGUAUUUUCCUACCUCACAAAGGAGUUGUGAAACAGAAUCCACAGGUGUUGGUGAAGCACAGGGAUGUGAUGGUGACUGGUAGGCACUGAACAGCUCCCGUGGCUCUUGAUUUUCCAUCCUUCUCUCAUAGCAGGCUCCAAGGAUUGUGCCCCAUGGCGGGUGGUGCUGCUAGGCUGCGGGUCCUCCUGGGCAGUUAGCUCAUCUCUGUCCUCGCUCCUGUCAAAGUACCAUAAGGUGAGGCUUCUUGGCCAUUGGGAGAUCAUGACAAAGACAAUUUCAUUAGAGCUUUUCUUAUGGCAGGAUUCUGAAAAGUUCUU